AUGAAAAACAAUAAAGAUAAACGAUUUGAUAUUUUACCUCCACCAUUAGAAAAAAUAAACAAAAAGAAUGAAAAUUUUACAAAAGUUGAGAAAAAAGAAAACUCUAAUUUAUUUAAUGGAAAUUUUGUAAAUGUAACUGAAAAAAAUACACAUAUGCAAAUUAACUUGAAUGAUAUUAAGAAAAAUGAUAAUAGUGAAAUAAAAAAAGAAAACUCUUAUAUUUCACAAAAAUAUAGUAAUAUUAUUUUAAACAGUGAUGAAAUAAAUAUGAUAAUAAGUAGAAAUAAUAAUUUUAAAGAUCUAAUUGAAAACAAAAAAGUAAAUGAUUUCAUGAAUGACUAUUUAACUAAUCCGUUAGAUGCUAUAAAAAAAUAUCAAAAAGAUGAUAAAAUUCUGAAAUUUUUAGAAAUUUUAUUUCAAUAUAUGAAUGCAAAAAGUGAUCAUAUACAUUUAAAAAAUUUAUCAAAAAAUUUUUCUUUUCAAAAAAAGUAUUAA